AUGGAGGAUCACCUGUCGAAGAUCCCCAUGAUGUCGUCCUCUUCCCCCACUGAGUCUUCUGGGAGCGGUGGAACAGACGACAGCAGAGGCGCCAAGAGUCCAGCCCCAGGCAAAGCUCUGAGCCCAGCUCUGGUCUGCAAAGUGUGCGGAGACACCAGCAGCGGGAAACACUACGGCAUCUACGCCUGCAACGGAUGCAGCGGCUUCUUCAAACGCAGCGUGAGGAGGAGGCUCAUUUACAGGUGCCAGGCCGGUACAGGCAUGUGUCCAGUGGAUAAAGCUCAUCGCAACCAGUGCCAGGCGUGUCGGCUGAAGAAGUGCCUGCAGGCAGGCAUGAAUAAGGACGCAGUGCAGAACGAGCGGCAGCCCCGCAGCACAGCUCAGGUCCGUCUGGACUCCAUUGACGUGGACCCAGACAAGGAGCACCUGGCCACAACACGAGAGCCCACCUCCUCUUCGUCAUCAUCGUCUUCCUCCUCUUCCUCUUCCUCUAACGGCUCUGUCAUCACGUGGCCCCACAUCACCUCCUCCAUGUCCAUCACCUCCUCUGUCGCCCCCCAGCGCUGCGCCAGUCCCCCAAACAACCACCGCUUCAUGGCCAGCCUCAUGACGGCCGAGACCUGCGCCAAGCUGGAGCCCGAGGACGUUGACGAGAACAUCGACGUGACCAGCAACGAGCCGGAGCGAGCAUCCUCGGAGUACCACAUGGCUCUGUACCCGUCCAGCUCCGAAAAUGUAUACGAGACCUCGGCGAGGCUGCUCUUCAUGUCAGUGAAGUGGGCCAAGAACCUGCCCGUGUUUUCCAACCUGCCCUUCAGAGACCAGGUGAUCCUGCUGGAGGAGGCGUGGAGCGAACUCUUCCUGCUCUGUGCCAUCCAGUGGUCUCUGCCACUGGAGAGCUGCCCGCUGCUCUCUCUGCCAGACCUCUGCCCCGGCAUGCAGGGAAAAACCAGUUACACCAGCCUGGACCUGCGCCUCCUGCAGGAGGUCUUCAGCCGCUUCAAGGCCCUCGCGGUUGACCCCACUGAGUUCGCCUGUCUCAAGGCCAUCGUGCUUUUCAAGCCAGAGACUCGUGGUUUGAAAGAUCCAGAACAGGUGGAGAACCUGCAGGAUCAAUCUCAAGUGAUGCUGGGACAACACAUCCGCUCACACUACCCCAGUCAACCAGCCAGGUUUGGAAAGCUGCUUCUUCUUCUUCCCUCUCUGCGUUUUGUGAAUUCGGAGCGGAUAGAGCUGCUGUUCUUCCACAGGACCAUCGGAAACACUCCCAUGGAGAAACUGUUGUGUGACAUGUUCAAAAACUAAGACCAUCACCCAGAAACCCAUGCAGUCAUCCAUAAACUCCAAGGUUCAGAGGGACGAUGUUUGGCAGAUAUUUGCUUUGUAUUUCUGUAUACAUAUCAGAGAUUCUGCGUGCUGUUAUUUUUUUUAAAGGCCACUUUAUUAUUUGUUUGUUUCCACGUUGAAAAUACAAUUCAGUUCUUACCAUCAUGCUUGUUGUCUAUUUGUAUCAUAUUUAGACUUGAUUUGUGUCUUAAGUGACUCACCAUCACAUUUCAUCCUCUAGUAUUUCCUUAUUUGUGUGUUUUUGCAGAUGUUUAUUUGUUUGGUGAUAGAUGGACUGUAUAUUCCUGCUG